AGAAAUUUGUGGCUAAAAAAUAUUGGAUUGGAUGAAAAUAUAAAUCUAAAAAAAUCUGCAUCAGUUUGUUCAUUACAUUUCAAAGCAGAAGAUAUAAAUAGAACUUUGGAUAAAAUAUUUUUACGUGAAAACGCAGUACCUUAUAGUGAUGCUUUUGUCGAUAGUACUCUUCAAUACAAAAACAUUGAAAAUGAAGAGAAUUAUUUAAAUUCAUCAUUUUCUUUUGAUAACCAACCUUUAUAUUUAGAAGCAUCAUUUUCAUCAAAUAAUACUCAUUGUACCAAGAAACUAAAUACUGAAAAUCAGGAAUACAAUGAAGAUAAAAAUAUGUCCAUGCAAGCUGAUGAACAAAUGCUUCUCGAUGAAUUCACUGGAGAAUUUGUUAGGAGAAAAGAACAUUUAUCAGCUGGUAAACUUCAAGAACAUUAUACAGUGCUGGAUGAAAAACUUUUCGACAACUGUACUACUUCUCCAAAAAAUUUGCCUGGAUAUUCAAAUAUUAGUCGUUCAACAUCUGUCAGUCCUCAACAUCUUCAGGAUGACAGAGAUGACACGAUAAAAUAUUUAAAAGCAUCUCUUGAGGAGCACAAACGGAAAAGUCAACAAACAAUAAGAAAUCUGAAACGCAAAUUGAAACAAAAAAAGUCUGAGCCAGAUUUUGAUAUAGUUAUAUCUUUUUUAAAAUCAAAAUUAAAUAAAAAUUAUCUAGACAUCUUAGAGCAAAUGGGUAAGUCUAAUAAAGAUUUAUUGAAAAGAAUGAUUUUAAAAUGUGAGGCUAAAACUAUUAGUAAGCAAUACAGUCCUGAACUAAGGUCUUUUGCACUAACAUUGCAUUACUACAGUCCCAAAGCUUAUAAUUAUGUAAGAGAAAAAUUCGAAUGUGCUUUACCUCAUCCAAAAACCUUAUAUAAAUGGUACACUUCUGUAGAAGGAAAUCCAGGCUUUAAUACAGAAGCUUUAAAAUCAAUUGAAGAACGUUGUAAAGCUGUUGAUUAUCCUUUGUUCGGGGCUGUUAUAUUCGAUGAAAUGGAUAUAAAAAGUGAAAUUGAACGGGUGCAUUCAAAAGUGUAUGGCAUGGUUGACUUUGGUGAAAUGGAAAAAUAUAUUAAUGUUGAUUCAAAUAAAGUAGCUAAACAAGUUCUGGUUUUCACUGUUGUAUGUGUGAAUGCAGCAUGGAAAAUUCCUUUUGCUUAUUUUUUUAUAGAUUCACUAAAAACUGAUACAAAAAAUUGCUUAUUUUGA